AGCUUUAUUACCUUGCCUUUUGCUUUGGCCUGCCAACUACAUAUCUAUCUACCUAACCUUAUCGUCACCCAGAUCGGAACGAGCACCUUUCCGUGUAAGACAAAAAAAACUACCUAACUCUUGGGACAGAACAGACAUUUCUAAAAAUCUCUUUCUUCGAAGCUACUACCUAUUUAUCGCUCUCAAGUUAUAUAUAUCGCUUUUUAAUAGCAAACAAGGAUCGCAUCGCUCGCUCGCAGAAACAGAAUGGCGACUAAUUCAGCAUCGGUUUCGCGCAGCGCGGCUAAGCGCCUGGUAAAGGAGUUGUCUGCCUGGGAGAACGAGUCGCAGACCGAGGCGGGCAUCGAGCGCCUGGGACCUGUGAGCGACGAGGAGCUGCUGCACUGGGAGGCUGUGAUAAAUGGACGGGGUGUAGGCAGUGGUUACGACGCGGGCCGCUGGCUCCUCGACAUAUCGAUCCCCACCACAUACCCCCUCUCGCCGCCCAAGAUCUCCUUCCGGACCCCCAUCGUGCACGCCAACAUCGCGCUGCGCGGCGGCGACAUCUGCCUAGACCUGCUGAAGGAGGCUUGGACGCCGGCGUACAGUAUCCUGGAGUGCGUGCGCGCCGUGCGCAUGCUGCUUAGCUGCCCUGAGACCGAUAGUCCUCUGAACGUGGAUGUUGCGGCUUUGAUACGCGGCGGGGAUGCUAUGGGCGCUAGGCGGCUGGUGGAGUUUUGGUGUAGUGAUGAGGGGGGGCGGUAUGAGGGGCGGUAGGAUGGGUGGUUUGUGAGAGGAAUAUGGGAGAUAAUGGAAUGAGUGUGGUGAAACAUAGGGUUACGACAAACUGGGGCGAGAUGGAUGGUCAAGUUCGACGAUGGUCUGGAUGAGCUCAGCUGGUAGAGGCGCUCUUUGCAAAUACUUGGGAGGGAGGUCGUUGAGGAAUAGUUCAUUGGAGCGGGCGUUUGUUGGUAUAUAUGGAAUUCCGGGCCUCUCCUUACAUAUGAUAUGCCGUGGACCUGGUAUCAAACUACUACUUUAUUUUGAUUUGGUUAUAGCAUCUCAUUCACCAAUAUUUCAACUCAACAACAUAUGAAAAAUAAACCAU